UCUUCACAUCUCCUUGCAUACCGUCAUGCUUAAUAUACCAAUGCGUGAUAAUCACAAUACUCAGGCUUCCACCAAGGCCGUGAUCUUGGUCGGAGGCCCUUCAAGAGGCACUCGGUUCCGCCCAUUGUCACUCGAUGUGCCCAAGCCCCUAUUCGAAGUCGCCGGCCACCCCAUCAUCCACCACUGCCUGAAGGCGGUGGCUAAGGUCCCCGAUGUACGCGAAGUGAUUUUGGUCGGAUAUUACGAUGAGAGCGUAUUCCGGGAUUUCAUCAAGGAUGCCUCGAAGGAAUUCCCUCAGCUCCGCAUCCUCUACCUGCGCGAGUACACGGCGUUGGGCACCGCAGGUGGCCUAUACCACUUCCGUGAUGCGAUCCUCAAGGGUAAGCCCGAGCGGCUGCUCGUGCUGAACGCUGAUGUCUGCUGCUCAUUCCCGCUGGGCGAGAUGAUGCGGUUAUUCGAGGAGAAGGACGCCGAGGCUGUGAUUCUGGGUACACGGGUGUCGAACGACACCGCAACGAACUUCGGAUGCAUCGUGUCCGACUCGCACACAAAGCGUGUGCUGCACUACGUCGAGAAGCCCGAGUCGCACAUCUCCAACCUGAUCAACUGUGGCGUCUACCUCUUCGCUACCGAGUGCAUCUUCCCCGCCAUCCGCAGCGCCAUCAAGCGCCGCACUACCCGCCCCCGCCUUCUCUCGUACCCCUCCUCCGACAACCUGGAAUCCUCCUUCAUCGCCACCGGCGACGACGAGGACGCCGAGAAGAACGAGGUCCUCCGUCUGGAGCAAGACAUCCUCUCCGAUCUGGCCGACAGCAACCGCUUCUUCGUCCACGAAACCAAGGACUUCUGGCGCCAGAUCAAGUCCGCCGGUUCUGCCGUGCCUGCUAACGCCCUGUACCUCCAAAAGGCAUUCCAGGCCGAGUCCCCUGAACUCACUCCCCCUCUGCCACCAUCGUGCCUCCGGUCUACAUCCACCCCACUGCCUCCGUCGACCCCACCGCCAAGCUCGGACUCGAUCGUCCUUGAGGACACCGAGAUCCGCCACGACGCCUGCGUCAUGCACUCGAUCAUUGGCUGGAGCAGCCGUGUCGGUGCCUGGGCUCGCGUGGAGGGCACACCCAUCCCCGUGGGUAGCCACUCUACCAGCAUUGUCAAGCAGGGUAUCAAGGUGCAGAGCAUCACCAUUCUUGGCAAGGAGUGUGCUGUUGGCGAUGAGGUCCGCGUCCAGAACUGCGUGUGCUUGCCUUACAAGGAACUCAAGCGGGAUGUGUGCAACGAGGUCAUUAUGUAA